AUGGCGAACCUCAAGGAUUUGCGGUUGCGGGUGGCAUCGUCGGCAGGGUCGUUGUCGGCACAGAUUUUCCACAUUGCAGGGCACUUGCAUCGACAUGGCGUCAUCACUGGCAUUGGGAAGGCCUUGCUCAAGGAGAUUGUCUUUCAAAAGGAUGUGCGAGGCCCUAAGCUCGUGGAUAGUCUAUUGACGAGUUCGGACGAGCAUUGGCUCAAGUUUCUUCAUCGACUGAUCGACGUGGAAACGCUUAAGCUGUUCGAUUCGUUGUACUUGGACUGCGGCUUGGAGCACGGCAAGGCGAUCUCCCGUCAAGAGCGCGAGGAGAACGACAUGCUCAACCAAAAGUCGCUUAUCUAUGGGGAAGUGGACUACCUGGCGUUCCUUUCGACUUUGAGGAAGAUUCCCAUUCAGCCGGGUUGGACCUUUGUCGAUCUGGGCAGCGGCACCGGUCGAGCAGUGUUCAUCGCACGACUCAACUUUGACUUUUCUCGGUACUGUGCAUGUCCAUCUUAUGUCCAUAAACAUGAUUCCAGGUGCACGGGCAUCGAGAUCCUGCGCGGCCUCCACGACGCCGCCGCCGACGUCUGCUCCAACUACAACGAGUUCGUCCGGUCCGUGAUCAGCACGACCCGCUCGCCCCUGGACGCAUCCUUCUUCCACAGCUCGCUGCUCGACCUGGACUGGGCCCACGCCGACGUUUGCUUUGCCAACUCCACAUGCUUCGACUCGACGCUCAUCGCCGAGAUGGCGGACAAGGCGGCGAACAUGCGGUCUGGAAGCUACUUGAUCACAUUCACCAAGCCGUUGCCGCCCGACACUCCCUUUGACAUCAUCGACAAGGAGCGCCGCAAGAUGAGCUGGGGCCCCGCCACCGUGUACAUCCAUCAACGCCGUUAAUUAGUAGUUUGGACGAUUGUUUAGUUAGUUUUUUUGCCCAAAAUGUAUACUAAAUGACAAUACCGCUUGUCAAGACA